AUGGAGAUGUCAUCCAAAACAAGGGCGGAGGAGCCAUCAACGGACCCACCGCCUGUGAUUCCGGAACUUCCCGAAGACAUCAUCGUUGACAUCUUAGCGCGUGCACCGAGAUGUUACUAUCCAACACUUUCUCUCGUUUCCAAGUACAUCAAGUCACUUGUUUCCUCGACUGAGAUAUACUCGAGACAAUCUUCGUUAGGCUGCACCGAACACUGUCUCUAUGUUGUCCUCUAUGACAUAGACAAUAGUGUUAACCGUUGCUACAUUCUCCGCCGGAAAGCCAACGGCAACAGCCGCUUGGUCCUUGUCCCUUCGCUGUCCUCCUUGCCUUGUGGUAAACGCUUUGUCGUGUUGGGCUCGAGGAUAUAUGUAGUUGGUAGAAUGAAGAACUAUUGUACUCUGAUUGCAAAAUCGAAUGUGUUAACCAUCGAUUGUAGAUCGCACACGGUGCAACAUCUCCCUGGUGUGCGUAUACCUUAUACCGCUAAUGAAAAUCUUGCUGACAUCAUCGACGGGAGAAUCUACAUAGUUGGAUACUUUGACUUGAAGAAGGUGAUGGUGCGUUUGGUGGUGAUGGCUGGUAAGAUUUACAUGAGGAAUUCUAAGAAUAGCUUUGUAUACGAGCCAGGGGAAGGUAUUUGGAAAAUGGACGAGAAGCUAAGUCUAGAGAUGUGGAAAGAUGCGUGUGUGGUCGAUGAGGUAUUGUACUACUAUAAUUGGGUUAAGAGGAGUAUAAGAACGUAUGAUCCAAAUGAGAGAUGUUGGGGAGUGUUGAAAGGUAUGGAAGAAUUUUUGCAAGAACGUUCAGGAUGGCUAGAGAUUGAGAUGGUGAGUUACGGUGGGAGACUGGGUUUGGUUUUUCUUGAAGGAGAAGAAAAAUCAAGAAAGAUUUGGUGUGCCGAGGUUUCGCUGGAAAGACGUCAAGGAGGAGAGAUUUGGGGUAAAGUUGAGUGGUGUGAUCAUGUUUUGACUGGGAAUUUUAGCAUUAUGAAACCUCUAGAUGUUAUGGUUUGA